AUGGCAACUAAUAAGGCUGAUGAACGUAAUCAAGAAGCAACUAUUUAUGUUGGUAAUUUAGAUGAAAGAACUACUGAUGCUAUUUUGUGGGAGCUUUUUCUUCAAUGUGGACCAGUUGUUAAUGUUCAUUUACCAAAAGACAGAGUUAGUCAGACACAUCAGGGAUUUGGAUUCUGUGAGUUUUUAACCGUAGAAGACGCAGAUUACGCAUGUCGUAUUAUGAAUCAGAUUAAACUAUAUGGAAAGCCUAUUCGUGUAAAUAAGGCAAGUGCAGAUAAGAAAAAUACGAUUGAAAUAGGUGCUGAGUUGUUUGUUGGGAAUCUUGAUCCAUUGGUUAAUGAAAAAGUGUUAUAUGAUACUUUUAGUGUUUUUGGGAUGUUGGUAGCUCCUCCAAAGAUUGCUCGUGAUGAUAACGGACAAUCCAAAUGUUUUGGUUUUAUUUCUUUUGAUUCUUUUGAAGCUGCAGAUGCAGCUAUAGAGGGGAUGAACAAUCAGUUUCUUAUGAAUAAGUCUGUUUCUGUUAGUUAUGCUUUUAAAAAGGAUGGAAAAGGUGAACGCCAUGGAGACCAAGCAGAACGCUUGCUUGCAUCACAGGCUCGUAAAAAUAAUGUUAGUUUACAGCCUACAGGCAUUCCAGCUCUUCCUAUAGGGUUUACUGGGCAAACUCCAAUAGGAUAUCCUGGACAAGUCCCCUCAAAUCCUGCAGGAUUUUCUCAGCCUUCUAUGGGCUAUCUAUAUCAGGGCUAUCCAGGAGCUGUCCCACAAGGAUUUGCACCACCUGCUACAACAGGUAUUCCUUCUAUGAUGAAUUCAUAUCCUGUUCCACCACCCCCUCCUGUUACAAAUUUUGGACGAUAA